AACCUUGAAGUAUCAAAGACUAGAGGCUUAUAGAGCUUACACAUACAGACAGUGCAACCCAGAGCCACAUCAGCAAGUGAGGUGUUACAAAACCACAACUAUUUAGAUUGUAUUGCGCAAUUUUUGGCGCCUAAACAGGAUACACACUUACUGUGUAUUACAUUACGCCCUAAUCGGUAUAGUCAGGAAACUACAAUCAUCCCGCCAGUUUUGUCAAAUCGCCCUCCAGCUGUUGAAAGCUCUUCGAAAAAGAGCGCCAAAAGGCUUUUCUCUAUAGAAUCAAGGCCUAGAAGCGUUAGUAGAUCAUUGUGUACAGUCAGCUCUAUCUAAAAGUGCUAGAAAAGCUUUCAGAAAACGUCACAAGUGUAACGAAAAGCCUUGAAAAGACACCAUUGCCAUCGACGUCAGCUGAUCUUUAUAAACAAAGUUCAAAGUUAAGAAGUCAAAAAGCUAAGAAGUUUCACUCAUCAAGUCCUAACUGGAAGCUAGUUACACUUCCUACAGCACGAGAAGAGUGUACAGUGAUUAUAAGUAUGGAUCCAGCUACCUUCGCAGCUAACUAUGGGUACCCAGCUCUCCCACCACUACCCCCAGGCAUUCGAUAUCCCUACCCGGCUUCAACUGCGGCUCCUACUGCGGUGUCCAGUGGAAGAGGGAUGAUCUACUAUCCACAAGCACUGUCUGUUGAAAAGUCAGAUAUUGAUGUAGACGUUGAAGGGACAGAUACAGACGGGUGUCUCGAUGACAGCCCAAGCAGCCCCCAGUCUGAUUCAAGGUCUGGCACUCACAAGAGACCAGUGGACAAGAAGCUAAGGAGGCAAAUAGCCAACUCCAAUGAACGCAGGAGGAUGCAGAGUAUAAAUCAAGGAUUCCAUUCUUUACGGUUGUUGAUGCCACAUCUCCAGGGUGAAAAGCUUAGCAAGGCAGCUGUGCUACAACAUGCUGCUGAACACAUCUACCGUGCGAAUCAGGAGAGGGAACGGCUGAUUCAACAAAAUACCACCCUUCGCAUGAUGGUGACAAAACACUACAAUCCAUUGGACAAGAACAGUGGAGAUGUUCUUAGCGAAAAUAAAGUGAACAAAGCGACAAGUCCAAUGAUGUUUGAUGAAGAAAAAGCUGCUGCCAAAGAACUCGAACAAAUUUUUGCUGCACAAAAAGAGCUCGACAGAAUCAGGAUGGAACUUGCACGAGAAAGGGAUCUCCGAAUGCGAUUAGAAGCGAAAUUCAGCAAAGUACGGAAGGACCUCUCUCCAUCAGAUGACGAGGACAUUGACGAGAGCGAAGGUUCUGAACAAGAAAUAUACUACAAAACAAAGAGGCCUUGCACUGCCACCAGAGGAACAAGUCCACGAAACAACCUUGACAUAAUUGUGCGGGCAAUUCGAGAAAUAGAAGGAGAUGCCUUCAGUAGGUCCACAACACCGACUUGUGGUGCUCAAGAACGAAAUAUUACUGCUGGCACCUUUAGGCCAAUCUCAGCUGGUGCAGACAGUACAAGAGUGAGCCCGGUAACGCCGGUUUGUGCAUCAUAAACUUUUUACUGAUCUCACUAAUCUCGCAUUUCAUCUGUAGUCCCAAACUCUAGUAUAUUGUGUUUCAUUAGUUGGUAGUUUCAUCUCUGUAGCGUUCUUUUGCUUGUCCUUUCAAAAAAUUAUAUAUCAGAUCCUCCAGCCGUCUUAUUUAAACAGAUCAUCCCAUUGUAAAACAUCACCUAAUGCUAUGCUAUUUUCUUAUAUCACUCAAAGCAUUCAUUGUUUGUUACAUUUGCUCUUUUUCAUGUGGCUUAUUCCCUACAGUCAUAUCAACAUCUUGUCAUCACUAAA